AUGCCAUUCGUGAAGGUUGUGAAGAACAAGGCGUACUUCAAACGCUUCCAGGUGAAGUACCGCCGCCGCCGCGAGGGCAAGACGGACUACCACGCGCGGCGCCAGAUGGUGCUGCAGGACAAGACCAAGUUCGGCUCGCCCAAGUACCGCCUGGUGGUGCGCAUCACGAACCGCGACGUCAUUGCACAGAUUGUGCACGCCAAGGUUGUGGGCGAUGAGGUCGUCAUGGCGGCCUACUCGCACGAGCUGCCACUGUUCGGCAUUGAACACGGUCUGACGAACUACGCCGCGGCGUAUGCGACGGGGCUGCUGUUGGCGCGGCGCAUGCUGUCGAAGCUCGGGCUCGCGGACAAGUUCGAGGGUGCGAAGGAUGCGGACGGCGCGUACGCGGCCGCGCGCACCAAGAAGGACGACCAGGGUGACGACGGGAGCCGCUUCCCCUUCAAGGCGAUCCUUGACGUCGGCCUCGCACGCACGACGACCGGCGCGCGUGUGUUCGGCGUGCUGAAGGGCGCCGUGGACGGCGGGCUGGCGAUUCCGCAUCGCCCCAACCGCUUCCCCGGCUACAACAAGGAGAAGGACGCGCUCAACGCCAAGNCGAAGGAUGCGGACGGCGCGUACGCGGCCGCGCGCACCAAGAAGGACGACCAGGGUGACGACGGGAGCCGCUUCCCCUUCAAGGCGAUCCUUGACGUCGGCCUCGCACGCACGACGACCGGCGCGCGUGUGUUCGGCGUGCUGAAGGGCGCCGUGGACGGCGGGCUGGCGAUUCCGCAUCGCCCCAACCGCUUCCCCGGCUACAACAAGGAGAAGGACGCGCUCAACGCCAAGGUGCACCGUGACCGCAUCUUCGGCCGCCACGUCGCGGACUACCUGAAGCAGGUGCGUGAGGAGGCGAGCUCGAACCCCGACGAGAAGACAUGCCAGUUCGCCAAGUACAUCGCGGCGAAGGUGGCGCCUGAUGCGCUGGAGGGCAUGUACAAGAAGGCCCACGCCGCCAUCCGUGCGGAGCCCACGAAGCGGCGUGCGAAGAAGGAGCGCAAGCAGGGCGCGCCGGUGAAGAAGUACAACACGCCCAAGCUGACGGGCGCGGAGAAGAAGACCGCUGCCAAGGCGAAAAUUGCGCAGCUGGUUGCUCGCAUCCGCGACCGCGCGGCGAAGUAG